GUAGAACUGGACGCUCAUCCGGAUUUGCUGGGCGGACUGUCAGUCCCGGUGCUUCCUGCUGUCGGUCUGCUGUCGCUACACACUGAUCUUUUCCGUGGCCACACGCAGCUGUUUUUAUAAAUCAUUCUGUUUUUUGUCAACGUUUCUGGUCUGUGAUGGCCAUGAGCAGCUUGGAGGGCAGUGCCACCGAGGCCGUUCAGAUCUGGACACCAGAGACUCUGAGCUGGUGCUAAGGACAUGGGACUCUCCCUCAGAGUUAGAGACAGGCUCAGCUGCACGAGACGUUACAGUGAAACCAGCGGUGGCGCAGGACUGCUGCCCUCAGAGUCUUCUCACCCCCUGCAGGACGUCCCCACCACAGGCCCAGCAGCUCCCAGACCCCAGUAACAGCAGUGUGGUAUAGAGACUCUCUGUAAGCUGUGCGUCUGAUGAGGAUGUCUGAUCCUGUUACUGUAAAGGACAUCAGUAGGACUGACACCAUGAAGGUUUGUGAGGCUGGAGUGGAGCUGGAGGCAGCAGACUGGACCGUCACCACAACAUUAGGAGCAGACAGCAGACGGAACGGUGUGAAGGACAAACCCAAACAGGCUGCGAGCCUGGUGCCGGAACACAAUGCCACCGGUCACCAAGACGGAAGCUGCUGUGACCACGAGAGGGAAACGUCACAGCAGCAGCAGUCUCCUGUAUCAGCUGGCCAGUUGGUGAGGGGCUCUAAGUCCAAGGUAAAGUUAGUACGGAGCCUGGCUGUCUGUGAAGAGUCCUCUCCUCCCUUUCUAACUGCACACCAGCUGACACCAGAUCCUCAGAUAUCCCAGUCCUUUGAUAAGGAGGAGCUGUCUGCCAAGGAGGAGAAAGAGAAGGUGGAGAAACCAGAGAAGAUGUCCCGGAAAAUGCUGUCAAGAGAUUCCAGCCAGGACUACACAGACUCUACUGGAAUAGACCUGCAUGAGUUCCUGGUCAACACUCUAAAGAACAACCCCAGAGACAGAAUGAUGCUGUUGAAGUUGGAGCAGGACAUUCUGGAUUUUAUCAGUAAUAAUGAAAGCCAGAAGAGGAAAUUCCCUCCCAUGACUUCGUACCAUAGAAUGCUGCUACAUCGAGUGGCUGCCUACUUUGGCAUGGAUCACAAUGUUGACCCCACUGGGAAGUCUGUCAUCAUCAACAAAACUAGCAAUACAAGAAUACCAGAUCAAAAAUUCUCCGAACACAUAAAAGACGACAAAACGGAUGAUUUCCAAAAACGCUACAUUCUCAAAAGAGACAACGCCAGCUUCGACCGGGAAGACGGCAUGAUACGAAUGCGCCUGAAAGACGACAGGAGAAGCAAAUCUAUCGAGGAGAGGGAGGAAGACUAUCAGAGAGCCAGGGACAGGAUAUUUGCACCAGAUGGAGAUAAUUUCCACCUAGAUGGAAGGAGCCCUGAUGAAGAGGCUUGUAUCAGCACUCAACAGAGGCGGCAACUCUUCAGACUAGGGGACGGGCGGUCAGCCAGCAGUAGACAGAGCAGCUCUGAGAAUGACCCAAAGAACUGUGAUGCCCGGCCGUGGAGCAGCACUGAUUCAGACAGCUCCAACCGUAACCUGAGGCCGACCAUGACCAAGGCCAGCAGCUUCAGCAGCAUCUCUGUCCUCAUCAGAGGAGACAGCUCAGCCAGCAGCAAGAGCACCGGACGCCUCUCCAAAACAGGUUCUGAGUCUUCUAAUAGUGUAGGGUCUUCUACGAGUUCCAUCUCUCGCCCCCAAGUACUCCACCUGCCUCUCCCUGUCCCAGCUGCUCUAACCCAGGCAGCCGGCCCUGUCGGGGGCCCCAGCACGGUGCUACCUACACCCUCCUCCUCUGCGUCCUCCGCUGCCACGGCCCCCAGCAGUAGUAGAGCUUCUGUACACUGUGAUCGGGGCAGCAGGAAAGGCCCGGCGCCUGCAUCCGGCCCAGCGCCAACCCAGGCCGCUGCUAAUGCUACUAGUUACUAUUUGCUUCCCCCGGAAGCCACAGGGAUACCGCCUGGCAGUAUACUGGUCAACCCACACACAGGCCAACCCUUUGUGAACCCUGACGGCAGUGCUGUGGUCUACAACCCCUCGAUGACCUCACAGCAAGGUGGGAGGAGCCAGCAGCCCUUGGCUCCUCCCCUACCACCCCCAGCCCCGCACCAGCCAGCCAAUCACGUCCUCUCCCAGCCGGUUCGGCAUCUCCCGCCCUCUGCUCCACAGCCGAUCCAGUACUCAACCAUCUCUUACCCUCCUCCUCAGUUCCUGCCACUCUCCUCUAACCAACAAUACACUUUGGUACCUAUCAAUCCUCUCUAUCUCCCACCUGUCUGUUUCUGUCCAGUUCCCUCUUCAGCACCUUGUCACUUAAUUAGGUGGUCUUUUAUAAGACAUGGUCGUUACGUGUUUUGGGUUCCCUGGGUGGUGUUCGGCAUCAAACGGACAUGUCCAGACAGUACACAUGUUGUUUUCAGCAUUGUUCUCUCCCCACAGCAAGAAGGGCUGGCUGCCCAGUUCAGCCACAUGAGUGUGGUGCGCCAGGCGUCCAGCGACGUCACUAACGGCGGCCCCCACCCUGCCAUGUACCCCUCGGGCCCUGUGGUGCUCCAGGCCCCCCUGCAGCACCAGCAGACUGGCUACAUGGUGGCCCCCCCAGGGCCCCCUGUGGUGGGGCCAACCCAGGCCUACCCCGGCCCUGCACACCCUAUGAGCCAGCCGGUCAUGCAGCAGCAGCAGGGCUACAUGCCACAGCAGAUGCACACAUGUUACUGUGCUCCAGCCCAGGACCCCCACUCCCACUGCAACCAGCACUAUCGCCCUGUCAGCCCCGUGCACUACACCAGCCCCCAGACCCAGCCUCUUCCCCAGCAGCCAGGUUACCACGCUGUGAUGCCAAGUCAGCCCCAGGGCCCUCAGCAUCAGAACCUGGUGAACAACCAGCAGCACAGCAAUAUGGGAAAUCACAUGACGGCCUUCAUGGUCCAGUACCCUUCAAUGCCGUCUUAUCAGGUAUCAAUGCCCCAGGGCUCUCAGAACAUGCCUCCACAUCAGCAGGCAUGUCAACAGCCCAUGAUGAUCCAGAGCCAUCCAAGCCAAGCUCCCAUGGCCAUGUCAGGCAUGCAGGUUUACUACAGUGUCAUGCCCCCAAAUCAACACAGCACCAUGAGUCCAUCGAUGGGUUUCUUACCUCCUGCUGGGGCAGAGCAGAUGCAGUUUCCCCGGGCUUCGUCUCCGUGUGGAACCCAGCAGCUACCAGGACAGCAGUGCUCAGGUGUGCUCCCCGGUCCUCACAGUGGAGGUAUGGUGAUGAUGCAGCUGACCCUGCCCCCUAACCACCAGCCCAGAGCCCACUCCCCUCCACAGUGGAAACACAACAGAUACUACAGUCUGGAUCACACACGCAGCCAGAGGUCCUCAGAACAACUAAACAACUCACAGAACAGUCCCCAGCUGGGCGGCCCCAGCACGCCUCCAGCCCAGCCCCAAGCCCCAACCCACCAACUCACCUCCAUAAAGAACCUCCGCUCGGCCGGCCUCACCCCCAUCCCCAUAAUGGCCCAGUUCCCCAGACCCUUCGGCCCAGGGCAGGCAGUGGACGGCAGAUACCCAUUGCUGGGUCAACCCCUCCAGUACAACCCUGCCAUCAGGCCUCCGCUGAUCCAUGGCACACACCACAUGAUCCCCAACCACCACCACGGCCCAAUGGGAAUCCGGCAUCAUGGGGGGCGAGGGAGGAGACCACCACCUAGGAAGUCAUUAUCAUCAGAUCUUAGUGUAGGUGACCCAGUCAAUCAAUUCUCUCUCUGUGCAGUGAACGGUGGAGUCCUGGAGGUGCUGGAGCUACCAGAGGGCAUCAGUCGUACGGAGGCAGACUCUCUCCUGGGGGAACUGUACAGAGGAGGGGCCAUGAUCAAGUGGUUGUCUGAGACCCAACAGCACCAACACCAGUCUGGUGAAACCCUGCUGAAGCACUGUGGGGCUGGGGGGGACGGUAACAACGGUGACACAAACACUGACACUACUUCCUGUUCCAAACCCCCCAGUAGUAACCAUAACGACCUGGCGUCCACCUACACCAUCCUGGCUGUGUUUCCCUCCAGGUACGCAGCUCAGAACGCCUUGCUGAGACACAGUGGCCCUGCCGGCCCUGGGCCCCUUCUUACCACCACGUUCAAACUCAGAACUAGCAAGAGACACUCUGAUGAGUUUCACAACCAGGAGAGGACCACCUCUCAAUAGCAGGGUGGGGUGCUGUAGCCAGCCAACCAGGAGAGGACCACCUCUCAAUAGCAGGGUGGGGUGCUGUAGCCAGCCAACCAGGAGAGGACCACCUCUCAAUAGCAGGGUGGGGUGCUGUAGCCAGCCAACCUGGAGAGGACUUGCUCUCAAAAGCAGGGUGGGGUGCUGUAGCCAGCCAACCUGGAGAGGACCACCUCUCAAUAGCAGGGUGGGGUGAUAUGUUACUAGGGCCCCUGAGAGGUUGUUCUAGGGGCUCCCACGGGCUACUAUGAGGGGCUGCCGGUCACGGGCCCUCGCCAUGGCCCCUCCACCCCACCACCACCUCCACUGCUGCCAUCGGCCAACCAAUCAGACACCCCUCUUCUGCAAGCAUCACUCACUAGUCUCCACUCCCCACCGGACUGACAAGACAGACUGAUGGAGUAUCACUCGGUUGGCAUUAUCUAACAGCUUUUUCACUUGAGUUGUAGAGGCUUUCUGGGAAUGUGUUAAUGCCUUUGGAACGUUCUCUACUUUUUGAGAUGAAAAUGUGUAAAAAAAAAAAGGAUCUGACAACAUACCAAUGUAGAAACACAAAGACAGAAAAACAGAAAACCAGGAAUGAAGUUCCAAGAGUGUCAUUUUAUUUGCAGCCCGAACAUGGUGAAGGAAGCAGCAUGUUUUUAUUUUGUUUUGUUUUAUGUUUGUUAAAAGCUGCAGUCAGAACACCCAAAGCAGGGAGGUACUCAUUCAUUACAAGAGGAUAAUAUACCAAGUGUCUCUCAUUGGACAAGAGUGUCUCUCUGGGCCGGAUUCUGAUUUGAGAUCUGCAACGGAUAACUCCAGAUUUCAGUUUAAAAUGUCCCGUUGAUUGAGACGAAAGCCUGAGUUGUGCCGGCGUAUAAUAUCAAGUUAGGAUUCGGCCCGUAGAGUCAGUCUCCCGUUGGCCAGUCGGUGUGCUACUACAACAGAAGAUUAGUCUUCUAGAACGAGGUUGUGUCCCAAAUGGCACCUUAUUUCCCUAUAUAGUGCACUACUUAGGUCCCAUAGGGCUGUGGUCUUAUGAGCCCUAUGGGACCUGGUCUAAAGUAGUGCACUAUCUAGAGAAUAGGGUUCUAUUUGGGACUUAGCCCAACAGAAUGGUGCCUUCUAACUGGGCUCGGGUGCCACUCCAUCCCUCUCCCCAACACCCCUAAAGACACCCCAUCCAAUUCCAUUUGUAUAAACUCUGACCCACCAAUUUCUUUCACAAUGAAUCAUCACUGAUAUGGUAGCUAAAUUAUUCUCACUUUUCUACACAGUAAAUGGUAUGUUUGCACUGGCACAAGGGAGAAAUGUUUGUUUUGAUAGUGGUUUAUCGUUUUUAAGGAAAAGAUGAGAAGAACCUUGGUGCAUCUCAUUGAUGGUUUAUUCUAUUUGAGCUAUUCUAAAAUGAAUGUCCUUCUCACCAACCUCCUCCAACCCUCUCUGUUCAGUCCACCCAUUCCCUGGUUAUGUAUCAAAUGGCACCCUAGUCCCUAUGGGCCCUGGUCAAAAGUAGUGCACUAUAUAGGGUGGCCAGGCCAAAUUCCUCUCGUGUUUAGUUCGUUUUACCGUUCGUAUCCCAUCAGAAGGGUCACUGGAAAAGUGUGCAUUAUUCACAAUACACCCCCAACCCCAUCACACCCAAACAAAUGUCUAUUUAAGAUGGUUGUUGGUGGUGGAUUCAGGAGAGAUGUCCAGUCUGCUGGUGCAAGAUGUUUUUAUUUCUGUUUGAAACCAAUAAAUGUUUACACCAAAA